AUGUUCAAAAGUGGCCUUGCUCGGACCUUGGGCAGGUCUGCUUUUGCCCGCCCUGCCAUCAACUCCCGACGCGCGUUCGAACCUCUCCGAAAGCACACCCUCCCAGCAUUAGGUGCACGAUUGGCUACCACCGACGCAGCGAAGAAUGGAAAGAUCCAUCAGGUCAUUGGAGCUGUUGUGGAUGGUACGGAAAUCCCUCAUAUUGUUCAAUCGGGCUACAACGAACUGCUGGAAGCUCCAACAAUGCUCGGUUUGGUGAUAUUGGAGACUAAUUCAGCUCUUGCAGUCAAAUUCGACACCGAACAGCUACCGGAGAUUCUGAAUGCGCUAGAAACCGACAACGGUGGAAACAAGCUUAUUCUGGAGGUGUCGCAACAUUUGGGUGAGAAUGUCGUCCGAUGUAUUGCUAUGGAUGGUACCGAAGGCCUUGUCCGUGGCCACAAAGCAGUCGAUACUGGAGCUCCCAUCAAGAUUCCUGUCGGACCUGGCACUCUUGGUCGCAUCAUGAACGUGACUGGUGACCCAAUUGACGAGCGAGGGCCAAUCAAAGCAAGCAAGAUGAAUCCAAUCCACGCCGAAGCCCCAUCAUUCGUAGAACAAUCCACCAGUGCCGAAGUGCUUGUAACUGGUAUCAAAGUCGUCGAUCUGCUGGCGCCGUACGCUCGUGGUGGAAAGAUUGGUCUCUUCGGUGGUGCUGGGGUUGGCAAGACUGUGUUUAUCCAGGAACUCAUCAACAACAUCGCCAAAGCUCAUGGUGGUUACUCAGUCUUCACCGGCGUCGGCGAGCGAACACGUGAGGGUAACGAUCUCUACCACGAAAUGCAAGAAACGUCCGUUAUCCAGCUCGAUGGCGAGUCUAAGGUCGCACUGGUGUUUGGUCAGAUGAACGAACCACCAGGCGCGCGUGCUCGUGUUGCCUUGACCGGUCUAACGGUUGCGGAGUACUUCCGUGACGAGGAAGGACAGGACGUGCUGCUCUUCAUUGACAACAUUUUCCGAUUCACCCAGGCUGGUUCUGAGGUGUCUGCCUUGCUUGGUCGUAUUCCAUCCGCUGUCGGUUACCAACCAACACUCGCCGUCGACAUGGGUCUGAUGCAGGAACGUAUCACAACCACACAGAAGGGCUCCAUUACAUCCGUGCAAGCCGUCUACGUACCUGCUGACGAUUUGACCGAUCCCGCCCCUGCCACUACCUUUGCCCAUUUGGACGCCACCACUGUGCUGUCCCGUGGUAUUUCCGAACUAGGUAUUUACCCUGCCGUCGAUCCACUCGACUCUAAAUCUCGCAUGUUGGAUCCCCGCGUGGUCGGACAAGAACAUUACGAUACCGCCACUCGUGUUCAACAGAUGUUGCAAGAAUACAAGUCGCUGCAGGAUAUCAUUGCUAUCUUGGGUAUGGACGAGUUGUCAGAAGCCGACAAGCUCACCGUCGAGCGUGCCCGAAAGCUACAAAGAUUCCUCUCGCAACCGUUCACUGUCGCUCAGGUCUUUACUGGUAUCGAGGGCAAGCUGGUCGACCUGAAGGAGACCAUCAAGUCAUUCCAGAAGAUCAUGAACGGUGAGGGUGAUGAUCUGCCCGAAGGCGCUUUCUACAUGGUCGGGGACUUUGACUCGGCGCGUGCCAAGGGUGAGAAGAUCCUGGCGGAAUUGGACAAGGCGUAG